GCCGAGCAAAGCAGGCCGUUUGCCAUGGACUAUGCGCUGUGUGCCCAUUUCGGUGACCGUUUGUAAUGGAGGGAUUGCCAGACUGGUUGCAAAACCUGACUGCCGAAGAGUUGGUCGAGGCACGAAGAGAAAAACUGCAGCAUUUGGAACUUUGGAAAAAGCUGAAUGCGGGGCAGCUUUACCAGGUCACGAGCCAAGAUGUUGAUGAACUCUUUGCGAUUUUUGAUGUCGAAGGAUCUGGCGAAAUUUCUAUCGAGGAGUUGAUGGAAAUCAACAAGGUUGACGGUCUGGUUUUGACCAGCGAAGAUGUGAAAGCCCUUGGCAGGGACGCUGACAAGGAUGGCUCGGGGCUGAUCAGUGCCAAAGAGCUCUACAAAGCCAUCAUCCAGGGAGAGGUGGCCUACAACCUUGUCAAAAAAUCCAUCAAUGAAGAGACAUUUGCUCAACAGCUACCUCCUGGAGAAUGUCUUAUCGACGACCUCAUUGAGUGGAUGCGGUAUGAGUAUGAGAUUGAUGCGGACCUGUGGUCCUUGCCACAAACGCUUUUUCUCUUUGCCAUAUUUCAGUAUUGUGCCACAUCGAAAAUUCCCGUGAGAUCGAAUUGGAGGAUGUCACAGAAUUAUGAUGCAGCUGAAUCUGGCUCCUACAAGAAGUCCUUCAUGUACGACUACACUUCACUUUGGGACUUUAUCGCAAUGACUUUUCUCGAACAGCAUGCCCACCAGGACCUGGACCUGCACACCGUUGGUCGCUAUUUUGUGCGCAAUCAAAUGCUUGGGGCAUCACGUUUCAGGCGAGUCCACACCGAACCGAUGAGGUGUUCAAUUCCACCUUAUUUGCAGCGGGUUUACUAUCCCUUUCCACUGAUUGGCUUACUCUGCUACAAGAUGGGUGAGCAGCUAGUAGACGAUCGUUUCCUGCUCUACCACGAAAGAUAUUCGGUGCUACAGAAGCGAAUCGCGCAGUGGACUGAUGAAUACUGGUUAGAUGACAACACCACUUCACUGUCUAUUGAUACUGUCUAUAUGAAUCCAGCGCUUGGCACGUGGACUUUCGAGCAGCUCACUUGGUUCUUCGAGAGCAAUGGCUACCUUCACAAUGUGCAAACGACAGAGACUUUUUUGAUCGACCCAUACAAAGAGUGGAGCAACGCGAUUCCGGAUGCGCUUUUCAUCGUAAUCAUCACGCGGAUUUUGUAUUUUGAGAUGAAGGAGUUGCUUCCAGCAAUGGGGACUGGAUUGGAUGGUAUCAUGAACUAUUUGCAAUUGUGGAAUGUGGUUGACUGGCUGACCAUCAUUUGGGGAGUCGUAUGUGUUGGUCUUUGGUUUAUUGCAGUUUGGCAGUUGCAGACUCUUCAGGGCACAAUAGAGGCGCUGCCACUGCCCGUUUAUGACGGGAUUGUGCGAGCAAAUCGAACCUACCUUGCUCCCUGGGAGGUGAACAUCAUCAUGUCCCAUGACGACUACUAUGGACGCCUUGGGAAUAUGUUUGAUGCCUUCCAGGCAGUUUCGAUUUGGAAUGAGUCUUUCCGUCUUGUGGCUGUGUUGUACCUCUUCAUUUUGAUGCUAAAGUUCUUCAAGUCUUUUAAAGCCAACAAGCGCUUGAAUGUGGUGAUCAACACCCUGACACACUCUGUAAAAGAUGUGUCCCACUUUGGCAUUGUGUUUCUGACGAUUUUUCUUUGCUAUGCUUGGGCUGCCCACGUUUUCUUUGGUGGGAACAUUGAAGCUGCAAGUUCCAUGUUUGGAGCGAUCUAUUGGCGAUGGUCUGGUGCUGUAGACUCCACCGACAUGGAAGACCUCACGGCUGUCGGCCGAGUUCUUGGAUAUGCAUAUUCCCUGUCCUAUGAAUUCCUGGUGCUGAAUCUACUCUUCGGCAUUCUUUUUGGUUUGAUUUUUGAAGCAUACGGACGAACAAGAGCAGAAGCUGGGAAGACCGACACCUUACUAACCCAGAUCCGAAAAUCGAUUGCUGAAAUGCGCCGAAAGAAAGAUUUCGUCAAUGAUUACUUUAUGAUUUGUGCUUUGGAAGAUGAAGAUGCACCAGCGCAUCCUGGAGAGAUUGUCACAGUGCGAAGUUUAUGCGAAGCCUUCGCAAGCAGCAAGAUGACUAAGGAAAAUGCUGAGUACAUAAUUCAGCACGUCCGGGACUUCAAAAUGAGCAAGUCACACGAGGUCGAAGUUGGCUUAGUUGAUGCAUUGAAACUCGUGGCGCGGAUGCGAACAAUCAGUUUGAAGAGCAUUCUUCGGACAGAGACUUUGUUGAAGCAGUUGAAAGACGAGAGUCAAAGACCGCAAGAAAUGCGCUACCGUUGCAUCAUGGCGGGCUUCGAUCCAGACAUUCCAGAAGAAAUGCAGGAGUUCAUUCGUGUCAGCACUCUGCAGGCCUUGGAGGAUGACAAUCCCUUGCCCAAUGUUGUCCCACAGGGGCCGCAAGAAAGCAAGCAUUCGAUGCACAGCCGCGCCUACAGCAGAGAGCAUUCAACGAAGGAGGGGACGAAGGAUAUUGUGGAAGACAAUGCCAAAGAGGAGCACAACUUCAAGGAGAAACAGCUGUUGAGCAAAGCGGAGGGCUUGGAGCUUGCCAUCUCUAAAAUGCACCAACAGCAUGUCCAGAGUGUGGACUCAAUAAGAGAAGAACUGAAUUUCUACCGAGAUCAGUCCGCGGAGUUUGAAGAAGAACUCUCGAAUUUGGAACGAGCAGUUCGAAGCAACUGCAGGAAAGGCCAAGAAGGUGCCAGCCAGGUGGAAGACCGCUUCAAAGAUGCGAAUCUUCAUGUUCUGCAGGAUUUGCCCGACAGACUUCUAAAACUCUCUGUGAUGGCCAAGGCAUCUCGCCAAAUCGUAGAGAGUGGCAAAACAGGUUUUAGCUCCGACCCGUCAAAGCGUCUGGAGAGCCGCAUUGCAAUUCUCUUUCAGCAUUGUCAGACCUUCUCAGACCAAGCAGAGGCACAGCAGGACCUUUGCACAUUGCUGGAUCGCCUGAUUUCAACGGUUUCCCUCAUGAGCGCUGGAAGCGGGGAGAAGGACAAUAAACGAAGCUGAUCGAAGUGCAUCUGCAACCGAACAGAAAAAGUUGAAGAUGCC